GGUGUUUGGAUGUUACACUCUGGAAAUGGAAGGAAGGCUGACGGUAGAGGAGCAUGUGUGGUUUUAUGGCUGUAUGAAGGGUCUGUCUGAAGCAGAGGUGAAGGCGGAGCUGGACACUUUGCUGGAGGAUGUGGGCCUCCUGCACAAGCGACACGAACAGACCAAAAACCUUUCAGGUGGCAUGCAGAGGAAGCUGUCUGUGGCGAUAGCGUUUGUCGGAGGCUCAAAGGUGGUCGUCCUGGAUGAACCUACAGCUGGGGUUGACCCGUACUCCCGCAGAGGGAUCUGGGACCUGCUGCUCAAAUACUGCAAAGACCAGACCAUCAUCCUGUCCACCCACUACAUGGACGAGGCAGAGUUGUUAGGUGACCGGAUUGCCAUCAUCUCUCAGGGGAAGCUGUGCUGCUGUGGCUCACCGCUCUUCCUUAAAUCUCAGCUGGGGUCUGGCUACUACCUCACUGUGGUGAAGAGGGAAGGACUGGACACCAGCACUCCCAGUAAUUUCAGUAUUUCCACCAGUGCCAGCUCCAACAAGCUCCCUCCUCUCAUCAAGGACAGCGACUCAUCACUGAGUGAAGACACCGGGCUGGGAAGUGAGGAUAGCAGCUCAUAUUUGGCAGCUUUGCUGUCGCUGGUUCAACACCACAUCCCUGGUGCCAGACUGGUGCAGGAGUCUAGACGUGAGGCGGUGAUCAACCGCCAGACGGCCGCCAAAGACAGCAGCCUGGCCAUCCUACUGAUCACACUGGACCAGAGACUGACUGAACUGGGAAUCAGCAGCUACGGGCUGUCGGACAGCACGCUGGAGGAGAUCUUUCUGCGGGUGGCAGAGGAGACAGGUGUGGACACUGAAGCAGAGGUGCAGCCUGAAUCACCCCACAGCCAGCCGCCGUCAGGACAGGGAACUGAUGGCCAUCCUCUAGAUGAAGCAGAAACAGGAAGGAAAAAGCCUCAUAGAAAAGCAGAACCUCAGGAGACAGACCUGCUGAAUGGCGAUGGCCACGGUGGGGUGCCUGCAACCGGCUGGUGGCUGACGUGGCAGCAGCUGAGAGCGCUCUUCAUCAAACGCUGGCUUUACGCUCGGAGGAGCCGUCGGGGAAUCUUUGCCCAGAUCGUUCUCCCUGAUGUAUUUGUGCUGAUCGCCCUGCUCUUCAGCCUUAUUGUUCCUCCUUUUGGGAAGCGCCCUGCGUUGCAUCCCUGGAUGUACGGCGAGCAGUACACCUUCUUCAGCAACGAUGAUCCUGGAAACCCAGCCAUGGAGAAUCUGCUUGAAGCUCUCCUUGACCAGCCUGGAUUUGGUACCAAGUGCAUGGAAAAGGAGGACAACAUGACGGAUCCUCAGUGUGAAGCUGGGCGGGGUGGUUUAUUCAUGAGGCCACAGUUAUCUUACUCUGCCUGGGACAUGUUCAGCAGAGGCAACUGGAGCAGAGACAGACCCUCACCUGAAUGUCAGUGCAGCACAGAAGACGUCUACCGAAUGCUCCCCGAGUGUCCUGAGGGUGCUGGAGGGCUUCCGCCUCCACAGAUUAAAAGGCCGACUGGAGACAUCCUGCAAAAUCUGACAAGUUAUAACAUCUCAGAUUACCUGGUGAAGACCUACUCUCAAAUCCUUAAGAAAAGCCUAAAAACCAAGAAGUGGGUGAAUGAAUUCAGAUAUGGUGGCUUCUCCCUCGGAGGCAGAGCUGUAUCUUAAACCCAAUAUCUCCAAGACUCGGUCAUGGCCAUCAGGACUCGUUUCCGAGUCCCACAGAACAGUUCACUGGGAAACCUGCUGCACAGACUCCCAGAGGUCUUAGGAGGGCUGAACAGUGAAAACAAUGUGAAGGUGUGGUACAACAACAAAGGCUGGCACGCCUUGGUGUCAUUUGUCAAUGUGAUGAACAACGGCCUGCUGAGAGCGAGUCUGCCACCAGGUCCUGAGAGGAGGAAGCACGGCGUCACUGCCUACAAUCACCCACUCAACCUCACCAAGGAGCAGCUCACCGAAGUAGCCAUGAUGACUACAUCGGUGGAUGUCCUGGUUUCCAUCUGUGUGAUCUUUGCCAUGUCCUUCGUGCCGGCCAGUUUCGUCCUUUUUCUGAUCGAGGAGCGAGUCAGCAAAGCUAAACACCUGCAGUUUGUCAGCGGGGUCAAACCAAUUCUCUACUGACUGGCCAAUUUUACCUGGGACAUGUUAAACUACACCAUUCCUGCUAUCAUGGUGGUGCUGAUUUUCAUCAGUUUCCAGCAGCAGUCAUACGUUUCUGAGACCAACCUGCCCGCUCUUAUCCUGCUCCUCCUGUUCUACGGGUGGUCCAUAACCCCUCUUAUGUACCCAGCAUCCUUUGUGUUCACUGUCCCAAGCACAGCUUAUGCAUUUUUGACCUCCAACCUCUUCAUUGGAAUCAACGGCAGCAUUGCCACCUUCGUCCUGGAGCUGUUUGUAGAUGAGUAUCUGAACGAGGUGAACAGAAUCCUGGAGGUGUUUUUAAUCUUCCCUCAUUUCUGUUUGGGACGAGGACUUAUCGACAUGGCCAAAAACCAGGCCAUGGUGGAUGCCUUCAAAAGACUGGGUACCAAACCAAGCCUGGACCCCCUUCAGUGGGACUUUGUAGGAAAGAACCUUUUUGCAAUGGUAGUAGAAGGUGUCGUCUUCUUCAUCUUUACCAUACUCCUUCAGUACAAAUUCUUCAUCCGCUACAGGCCUUGGUGGACUAAGCCUGAGUUGCCUCCUCUUGGUCCAGAGGAUGAGGAUGUUGCGAGAGAGGGUCAAAGUGGAAAAGCACACUCAGACAUCCUCACCAUGAUCGACCUGAGCAAGGUUUAUAAAGCCGGCAGAAAGCCAGCCGUAGACCGUCUUUGCCUCGGGAUUCCUCGCAGCGAGUGUUUUGGGCUGCUUGGGGUCAACGGAGCUGGGAAGACUUCAACAUUUCGGAUGCUGACUGGAGAUACACCUGUCACUCAUGGAGAGGCUUUCCUCAGCCAGCACAGUGUGCUGACAGAAAUGGAGCAGGUCCACCAGCUGAUGGGUUACUGCCCACAGUUCGAUGCCAUCAGCGACCUGCUCACAGGUCGGGAACAUCUGGAGCUGUACGCCCGCCUGUGGGGGGUGCCAGAGGAGUUCGUCUCUAAGGUGGCGCAGUGGGGUGUGAAGAAGCUGGGGCUUACUCAGUAUGCAGAUCAGGAGACUGGAGGCUACAGCGGGGGCAACGAGAGGAAACUCUCCACAGCUAUCUCCCUCAUCGGGUCUCCACCUGUUAUAUUCCUGGAUGAGCCCACCACUGGCAUGGACCAAAGAUUUUUGUGGAACUGCAUCCUCAGUGUCACCAAAGAGGGAAGAGCUGUAGUGCUAACCUCACACAGCAUGGAGGAGUGCAAGGGACUUUGCACCAGGAUGGCCAUCAUGGUCAGCGGCAGGUUUCGGUGUCUUGGGUCUGUGCAGCACCUGAAGAACAGGUUUGGUGAUGGAUACACCAUCAUCCUUCGUUUGGCAGACACCAAAUCGGACCCUGACUCGUGUCCCGUCAGCGCCUACAUGAAGGAGUGUUUUGCGAUACCCGAUCUGCCAAAUCCCACUUUAAAGCUUGGUCAUAAUUAAACAAGACUUGGGUCAGUAAAGAAAGAAUAAGUCUCAG